CCCAAGUCCACAGUUCCACACGAGAGAGGGCCACAGUCGUUCAAGGGCGCUUGUUACAUUCAUCAAGGGACGUCUUGACUUGCCGAAAAGCGAGCACCCAGUUGUAAAGUGAGGGUCGAACUGCAAGCACCGGAAGAUGACAUCAAAAAUGAUGCUGUGUGGCGUGGAAGACUUCCCCACUGUGCAGAUUGGAGGCUUUCUCCUCAGGCUAGAAACAGAUGAACCGAGGCCAGAAGUGAUGGAAAUUGCUCGAAAAGAGCUGAGGGAAACGCCAGAGUUGCGGGAAAGCUCCAUUAAAGAGCUCAGCGCCUUGCUCAAGGAGGAAGAAACUCUUUACUCGCCAUACGACCAUGAAGCGUUCCUUAUUAGAUUCUUGCGGCCAACAAAGUUUUACCCAAAAAGUGCUUUCGAGCUAGCGAAAAGAUAUUUUGAAUUCAAGAAUAAACAUAAGAACAUUUAUGACGGUUUAGUACCAUCCAAAGAACCCAAUGUGUUCAGCCAUGAAGUCAUCAAUGUUUUACCUAAGCGAGAUCAGUUUGGAAGGCGAAUUCUUGUACUUUCUCUUGGAAAGAAAUGGAAGCACAACAAAGUCUGUCUUGAUGAAGUGUACAAAGGCGCUGUUCUGUUUAUGGAAGCUGCUGUCUAUGAACCAGAAACCCAGAUCUGUGGUGCUGUUGUCAUCUUCGACAUGGCUGGACUUUCCCUUCAGCAGACUAUGCAGUUCACUCCUCCUUUUGCGAAAAGGAUCGUCGACUGGCUACAGGACUGCAUACCGAUUCGAGUCAAGGGAAUUCACAUCAUCAAUCAGCCCUACAUUUUCAACAUGGUAUUUGCCCUUUUCAAACCCUUCCUUAGAGAAAAGCUCAAGAGCAGGAUCUAUUUCCACGGUACGGAUAGAAAAUCAUUCCACAAGCAUGUUGACCCCAGCUGUCUCCCUGAAGAGUACGGUGGCACUCUCGAUAUUCCCACAGUCCCACCGAGCGAAUGGUACAACCUGAUGACAAAACUGGAACAGGAAUAUGAAAAACUCAAUUCUUAUGGUUACAAGAAGCAGAUAAAAGAGUGAGCAAUUGCGCCUCGAUGGAAAUGAUGGUUGUGCCAAGUAUUUCCAGUGUCAAAAAGUGUUCCAACAAGCAUCAUUCCAGUAUAUUCAACUUCUUCCAACAUCACACCUUAAAUUCUAUUGUAUUGUCUAGUUAGUACUUAACUGAAAUUGUAAGGUUAGGCAAUUAGCAGUUAGUCCUAUAACAAUUAAUAUUUGCUCAAGUUAAACUUCCAAUUUGUGAUAGUGUAAAUAAAAUCUAUAUAUACAUUUUUUAAACGAAGAAAGAAUAGAAUGUUUUAUAAAAAAAAAAUAA